UUGCCGACUCCUUGCUGCUCCCUCUGUGGUCCCUGCUUGUGCGAGGUGUGAGCAGAGGACUGUCCACCUGCAGACGUCAGUGUUUCACAGAGUUCCCACAGUGCCCGAAGGGAGCAUGUUCUCCCAGCCUCUCCCCACAGGAAUGGUGUUCUGUCAGGCUUAACAAAGCAAUAUUCACUGCACCCCUUUCCUUCUCUUGCUCAGAAGCUAGAGAGGUGUUUCAGUGUGAUUUCGCCGAUGGUCAACGGGGUGUCUGAGAGAGAAGCUAACGACGCAUUGAAUGCUCAUGUCUGCAAGGGUGCACAGCAGCAUGAGGAAGUUUGUCUGGGGCUCUUAACGAUGAUUCUAACAGAACCUCCGCAAGCACAAAGGUGCUACCGGGAUCUGAUGUUGGUGAGCAGAGAUGGUAUGAACCUGAUUUUAAUGAAGAUUAAUCAGCUCCUCAUGGAGAAGUACCUGAAACUGCAGGAUACCGUCAGGAUACAGAGCCAGAGAGUGUACCUGGGGUUUGAUUGUAUUCUCGGUACCCCUGGUGAGUAA